AAAUAGAUUUCUUACGUUUUACAAUGUUAACCGUAAUCUAUUAUGUAUAAGUAAUCAAACAAGUAAUACAGUCGGUACUCAACCAGUGAUUUUACCCAGUAGACCGACUUAUUCAGAAUAAUAGUGUUUUGUCAAAAUUUAUUUUUGAUAAAGUUUGAAGACAUUUUUUUGAAAAGGUACAGGUAUUUAUGGAAAUGGGAACAGAGGACGGAGUUACAGAACUGGAUGCUGUAUGGCGGGCACUUAAGCCUUGGGGAAAGUUCCAGUCUUUCCAGUUGUUUUUGAUACUUCUCGACUUUAUACCUGCUUCUUUUGCAAUACUGAGUGCUGUUUUUACAGGUUAUAUCCCAGAGUACGUUUGUGACGUGCCAACGGCUGUCAACAACGCAACGUCAGACCUAGGAAACGUUAGUUUCACCCAACACCAGUGCAGUUAUGACGUCUACGCAAACGAAGGGAAUACAUCGAAAAUUUUAGAAUCUAGGUCAUGUGAAAGCUACUCCUUUACAAAUGAAAAUUCCUACGCAUAUCAGUGGAAUUUGGUUUGUUCCCGUUCUAACCUUGCUGCUCUUGCACAAUCCCUUGUGUUGGCUGGACAGGGACUAGGUGCAUUAAUCAUGUCUCAUUUAGCAGAUAGAUUUGGACGGAAGACGGUGCAUGUUAUAUCACAUGUUGGUGUUUUCUGCUCAAUGAUCGUGAUGGCGUUCUCUCAGAACAUUUACAUGCUUCUUGCCUUACGAUUAAUUACGGGAACCUUUCAACAGGGCAUAGUGUGCACGGGUAAAACCCUAGCGCUGGAGAUAUUUCCCAGAGAAGCACGGGCUCACACGGCACCAGCAGGUUUCAUCACGUGGGGUAUGGGUUUGAUGAUUCUCUCCUUGUACGGCUUUGUCUUCCAGGACAUCAACUGGCGGUACCUGCAGUUAGCGAUUGCUGCAUUUUCACUGUACGCUUUAGCUGAGUGGUGGAUGAUGGAUGAAUCUGUCAGAUGGCUUUUAUCAAACGGGAGACUGGACGAAGCCAAAAGAAUUUUGAAGAAGGCAGCCAGGUGGAAUAAAGUAGAUUACAAAGAAGUCGAAUCUGUCUUGAACGAAAGUGUUAACCUUACUGCUACAGAAACACCUGAAGCCAAUUUACACGAGAAGGAAAUGAAAAUUUUGACAAACGGUUCAAUGAAUCAUGACGAGAUGGAAAGCGAUAUGACAAUUCAAACUGUGAAAAAAUAUACUGUCAUUGACAUUUUAAAAAACCCUUCUCUUAGAGUGAACACUUUUAUUCUUUGGUAUACAUGGAUUGUAGCUACAGGAACGUAUUACGGUCUUACCUUAGUUUCUUCACAUCUUGCUGGUGAUAGGUUCAUCAACUUCUUUUUGAGCGGUGUCAUUGAAAUUCCUUCGCAAGUCAUUAGUUUCUGUCUUCUCAAUAGAAUUGGACGCAAAUGGACAAUGAUUUUGUGGUAUGCCAUUUCCGGAAUUUCAUUAAUCAUUGCUACAGUUCUUCUAACUGUUUUCGAAGACAAUGAGGUGGCUGGAAUCGUUGCAACAGCAUUUUCACUGAUAGGAAAGUCGGCCAUUACAGGGUCUUUCAGUAUUGUAUUUUUGUACACACCUGAAAUAUAUCCUACAAAUUAUAGGAAUAGUGGACUCGGAAUAUCAUCUUCCAUUUCACGGAUUGGUGGAAUACUGGCACCUUUUGUCAGCAACUUGGCAUUAAUAGCAUUGUGGAUACCUGGUGCAAUAUUUGGUGGAAUGUGUCUCCUCGUUGUACUUUUAGCUUUACGACUUCCGGAAAGUGCCACCCAUGAACUUCCUACGACGAUUGCGGAGUGUGAAACGUGGGAAAACAAUAAAAAUUCAGAUAACAAAAAUAAACUGUUAUGAUAGAUAUUACAAACACUUGCCAAUAUAUACAAUAUCAAAUAGGGCCAAAAUAUCAGCUAUAUAUGCAUUUUUACGAUAGUAUUUCGUUUCUUCAAGGAAGGUAAAGAAAUUAGAGUAUCAGUUAAAUCAUAUGAAAUAAG